UCUGGACUAAACCCGAAUGAUUCCAUUACAGGAGACAGAGUUCAUCUUUGAAACCCGGCACACGACUUAAAAUACGUAAUCAAAUGAUAUUUUAUGACAGACAACACUCCUUCUUCUUCUUAUUCUAGCGUAAAACAAACUGUCCUAUAACCAACCAUCAAGCCACGCGUUUGUUUGCCUUUGACCAUUUACUAUCCACGUUCGAAGCUCCGCCACUCACGGCGCCGCUCCAAGGCCAGGUUCUGGCUUCGCAAGCCAGUUCGCCCCAACUCUCUCAUUACCAACUGAAGUGUUACAAGUCCCCCAACUCUCGCUCGCCAUCAUCAUGGCGGCUCCCAAGUUCAAUUCUAAAUCUCCCACCAUACGGCGCAUCCUCCGUGAAGCUCAGGAGCUUUCAACCUCGCCAUCCCCAGACUACACAGCGACCCCGAUCGAGUCGGACCUGUUCGAGUGGCACUUUACGCUCAAGGGCCCUCCGGACUCGGUCUACGCCGAGGGCGUCUACCACGGCCGCAUAGUGCUCCCGCCGACGUACCCGCUCCGCCCACCGUCGUUCCGCUUCGUCACCCCUUCGGGCCGAUUCGAGGCCAACCGCGAGAUCUGUCUGUCCAUCUCGGGCCACCACGAGGAGACGUGGCAGCCCGCCUGGGGCGUCCGCACCGCCCUCGUCGCCCUCCGCUCCUUCAUGGAGACAGACCCCAAGGGCCAGCUGGGUGGGCUCGAGACAACCGACGCGGUCCGGAGACGCCUGGCGGCCGAGUCGAGGGCGUUUAGAUGUGCCAUCUGCGCCAAGUCCAACGCGGACAUCAUCGCCGAGGCGGAAGCUGCGUCCAAGGACGCCGAGGGCCAGUCGGCUGAGGUGGUUGUGCCGGACGAGCUGAAGAUGGGCUGGCGGGACGAGAUGGCCCAAGCGGGUGGUAGCGGUGGUGCUGCUCCGGCUGCUUCUGCUGCGGCAGUUCAUGACUCCGAGACUGCCGCGCUGGCCGAGGGUUUCGUGCCGACUACUGCACCCGCACCCGCGCCCGCACCACCUCAGCCUACGAGGACGAUACCGCUUCCUCCAGUGCAGCAUCAUCAUCAGCAUCAGCAGCUAGCGCAACUGGUUCACUACUCCGACGAUGGCGUGCUCGCCUGGCUGGACAGGGCCAUCGUCAUCGUGGGGCUUCUUUUGGUGGCCAUGUUUCUCAAGUUGCUGGUAGCUUGACGCAUUGGCGGUGAUGGGCCACCCAUAUGAAGCUUUUUCCUUUUUGUUCCCUCACUUCUCAGCCUUUCAGAUUAUCUCACUUGUGUACAAAAAUACCCCACGUAGAUGAGUGAGCAGGUAAAAGGCAUGCCGUUCAUAAUUGGUUUAGAAUCAUGGCGUUUGGGAGUUUUGUUUGAUGGGUAUUGUAAUCAGUCAGCGUUUUUUUUUAAAGCAGAAUCGAGUUCAAAUUGUACUAUGAUGGACGGAUGAAUGUUCCCCAUGGGCGCAAACACAGUACCAGUACACACACCUACAAAGCAAUAAAUUUUA